AUGUAUAAUCAAAUUGGUUCUAAUUUAAUAUAAGCACCAUUUGGAGUCAUGAUUCCAGGAUACUUAAGUUAGACUUAAUUUUUAAUGAAUGGAAACUAUUAUUUGAUGGAUAUUCAAAAUGCUUAAUAAGUGCAUUCAAUUGCUUUAUUUUUACUUAAUCCCAUACCUGAAGGAUAUGCAGUGUGUUUGUUUUAUUCUAGAUAUCCCUUUGAUGGUAUAUCAUUUUUGGGAGCUAUUGCAAAUCAAAGGCCUUCAGAUAUUUUUGCUACUUCUUUCAAUUAAAUUUUAUCUGAAUAAGAUUAAAUAAAAUUAGUUCUUAGUGUUGAACCUAUUAAUGAAUAAAUAACAGAACUAGUAUAAUUAACUAAUGAUGCUUAAAAUAAGCUAAAAUAUGGAUUGACAAUAGCAUAAAACUUAUAUAAUUUUAUGACUGCUUAUAAUAAGGAAGUUGUAAUAAAUGGAUAAGAAAUAGAUGUAUUAAUCACACCAGCUAAUGUAUUGUAAAUUUGGCUAUAAAAAUUAUAACAAAAAUAUAAAGAAAAUCCAAACUUUAUUUACAAAACAACUAAGUGA